AUGACUCUCCACCAAUACGAUUACAUCUUUGCCAUCGGCACGUUGUUUGCUAUGCUUGAUGCAUUCAACAACGGUGCAAACGAUGUUGCCAAUUCUUGGGCUACGAGUGUCUCCUCCCGGUCCAUCUCCUACCGCCAGGCUAUGGUCCUCGGUACCAUUUUCGAGUUCGUCGGAGCUGUCGCUGUCGGUGCCCGUACCGCUGAGACUAUCAAGAACGGCAUCAUUCCCAACUCAGCCUUCCAAGGCAAUGCCGGCGUUCAAAUGCUCGCCUUCACAUGUGCCCUUGCCGCUGCAUCCUCAUGGGUGAUGUGGUGUACCAAAAACUCCGCCCACGUCUCCUCCACCUACUCCCUCAUCUCUGCUGUCGCCGGUGUCGGUGUUGCAACUGUUGGCGCUUCCAAGGUUCAGUGGGGCUGGAACAAUGGCAAGGGUCUCGGUGCUAUCUUCGCUGGUCUCGGCAUGGCUCCUAUCAUUUCCGGUUGCUUUGCCGCUAUCAUCUUCAUGCUUAUCAAGUACACCGUGCAUGUGCGGAGAAACCCUAUCCCAUGGGCCGUCUGGAGUGCUCCUUUCUUCUUCCUGGUUGCUUCCACCAUUUGCACGCUCUCCAUCGUGUACAAGGGUUCUCCCAACCUGGGUCUGAACAAGAAGCCCGGCUGGUACGUUGCUGCCGUCACUAUGGGCACUGGUGGCGGUGUCUGCCUUUUGUCUGCUAUCUUCUUUGUUCCUUUCCUCCACGCCCGCGUGAUCAAGAAGGACCCCAGUGUGAAAUGGUGGAUGGUCAUCCAGGGCCCUCUGCUCUUCAAGCGUCCCGUUCCUACUGAUUCCGAGGUCGCUACGGUCCCCAACUACGCUGUGGUGCAAAAUGAUCCCCAGGAGUAUGAAUCUCACCUGCCUAUCGAUGAGAAGGAGCCCAAGACCGGUGCUGCCUCCAUCCCAGGCUCUACCGGCUCUGCAGAGGAGCGAUCCGUUGAUAAACUCGAGGGCAACCAGCUCACUUACCGCGAACUCAUGGCCCAGUCCGAGGAGCGUCACAACGCCAAGCUCCUUCAAAGCCGUGGUCCUAUUGGCUGGGCUAUGCGCCUUCUCCGGGACAACCCCAUGGGCGCCGGUGAGAUCUACGAGCUCCGCAACAUGAAGCGCAUGGCCAAGCGAUUCCCUGCCGUCGUCACUGUCGGUAUUCUGUACGGUUUCCACUACGACAUCCACACUGCCCAGAGUGGUAAUGAAGGUACUCCCGAGGGUGCGCGCAUGAAGCGUGUCUAUGCCAACGCCGAGAAAUACCCCAACGAGGUCGAGCACACCUACUCUUUCAUUCAGGUCAUCACUGCUUGCACUGCUUCCUUCGCACACGGUGCCAACGAUAUCGGUAACUCUGUCGGCCCCUGGGCUGCCAUCUACUCUGCCUGGUCCACCGGCUCUCCCGCUGCAUCCAAGUCCCCCGUGCCUAUCUGGCAGCUUGCUGUCCUAGCCAUUUGCAUUUCCAUCGGUCUUUGCACUUACGGAUACAACAUCAUGAAAGUCAUGGGUAACAAAAUCACCUACCACUCCCCAUCCCGUGGCUCCUCCAUGGAGAUGGGUGCCGCCAUCACGGUGCUGGUCUUCUCGCAGUUCUCCCUGCCCGUUUCCACCUCCAUGUGCAUCACUGGCGCUACCGUCGGAGUUGGACUUUGCAACGGAACUUUCAAGGCCGUCAACUUCCAGCGUGUCGGUCUUUUGUUGUUUGCUUGGAUCAUGACCAUUCCCAUCGCUGGUACCCUUGGCGGAUGCCUCAUGGGUUUGGUCCUUAACGCUCCCCAUUUCCUCAAAGCUUAG